AUAUAUAGCAUGCAGAACGGAACUGGAACAAAAAUAAAACUCAAUACUUAAAUUAUUUAAGUUUAGGUGGGUGGUUCCCCUAAAACAAACCAGUACGGACGGCGAGAAGGAUAAAAUCAGGGCUGGGAUGGCAGCCCAAACGUCGAUGGGAAAUACGACUGCUACCAUCGGCGGGCACGGGGAGGAGCCAUCCUCUCUGCGUGUCGCCAGCGGUCGAACCCCUGGGAUGACGGGAGCAGGUCGUCUCAGUGGUAAUGCUACUUCCACGUCUCAGGCUAAGUUGAGCCGCACGGGUGCCGUAGUCGAAGUAGACUUGUGCUCGGAGAGCGUGCUACACGAUGCCGAAACAAGCCAUGCCCGCUUGCCUGAACCAGGUUCAAAAUCCCCGCGUAGGGAAGGACCGAAGCGUUCAAGCGAGGGGAUGAAGGCUAAGGCGCAAUACAAGGCAGCCCUCAAGAUCAAGAGCCGGCUCCAGGACAAAGCGGCCCUCUCCCAGGAGGAGAAGGAAAGGCUAGCCUGGGCAGAGCAAAGGAUUGAGGAAGGAAGGCUGCACUUCGCAAGCAAACCCGCGAUGGCGUCGACGGGUGGAUUUGCUAACAAGGUGGAGGAGAUGCUUGCCAACAAGAGACAACGCUCACACGAGAGUGCCGCCAAGGACAUUCCGGUGAGCAAGCGGAAACGCGGGCCCAAGGAGGCAUGCCCUCCGCCACCCAAAGUAGCAAGGAAGGCCAAGGUCAGUGAUGUAGGCAACCGACACCUGAUCGUGGCACUCAUUGACAGGGACGACGAGAAUGGGAAGAUUUCGGAGGCGCGCUGGAAGAUCGUCCAUGCGCGACUCGUUGAGUCUCUCUUUGCACGGAUAGAAGAGGCACCCACAGCCCCCAUGCCCACAUUCGAUGGUGCAGGGUGGUUUAACGGUGUCAAAAUCCUGAAGUGCAACGACGAUCCGACCAGGAAGUGGCUGACGCAAACGGUCUGCCAACUGGAGGCGUUGUGGGAGGGGGCCAAGCUAGAGGUGGUGGACAGGGAAUUAAUCCCAUCCAUACCGAAGGCGAAAGUGCUCUUCCCCAUCGCAAUCCAAGGGGUUCGGGCGCUAAAGCUGCUUCAACGGCAGAAUCCUGACGUCCCAACGGCGAAUUGGAAGAUUCUGCACAUGGACAGCCCACUACCCAAUGAGGGGGGCCAAAGUGUGGUUCUCCAAAUCAACAAGGAGGCGGAAGAUCUGCUGUACCCAAGAUUCGGGAAGAUGGCGUGGGGCAUGGGUAGUGUCUACCUCCGUCUUAGGAAACGCCACCCCGACGACAAAGGCGCACACAUCCUGCAGGCAGGCGAGGUGGAGAAGGACCUAGGUCUGGAAGCCGUCGUGGAUGCCGCCCAGGACCAUGCGGUAGACGACUCGGAGGAAGAAGAGGACGGUGACCUGACUGUUAUAGCCAACCCGUCGAGCGGAGAUAAGCCAGCCACCCAUGACACUGAGGGUGCUGCAGGUCAAUCUCCAUAAAAGAAUACUCGCGUCGGCGGAGCUCCUGAUUGCCCUGGAGCAAGGACCCGUCGACAUAGCCAUGGUUCAAGAGCCAUGGAUUGCCUCGGGCAAUAUCGUGGCCGGACUAAGGUCCUCAAACUACAAUACAUUCUACUCACCAACGCUCUGAUGACUUGACUACUGUGAUGCUAUAAAGCGAGGAGUAGCGCUUCUUGGUAGCCUCCUGCUACAUGGCACACGACAGACCGGCGCCACCAGACGAACUGAGCACCUUGGUGGAAUUCCGCUCGAAGGAUGACGAAGUCCUCAUUGGUGCAGAUGCCAAUGCACAGCACAGCGUGUGGGGAAGCUCUGACAUCAACGACAGAGCCGCACCUGCAGAAAAUGCAAUGAAUCGGGGGCUAUCGAAACCCUGGAACAUCUUUAUGCAAUUGCCCGGCUCUUUCACGAGCAAGAAGAAGAUACCUCGGUGCCCCAGUACUGGCAUCACUAGGAGACGCCUCCAGCAGGAAACCAGGCAAACUUCUUGCCUUCGCCAAAAACACCUCGAUCCUUGUGGACAUAAAAACCUCUAACUAAUCACAAGGUUCAUACACAUCAACCGAACAACUAAGGGCCAUAUUGGCCUAUGCGUGGCCCCGUGAGGGCCGUCCGGGUUAACCUAACCUAACCUAAUUAUUUAAAACUCUAGAUUUUGUAGAAACGAAAGACUUUGGUGAUAUAAUUGUAUUAUUGAAUGUAUUAUGUCGUCAAAUUAGCAUCGAUGAAAAAGCAACGAAAGUGGAA